CCACGCGAUUCAACCGCUCGUGCUCGUCACUCGUCACGGCCCUUUUAAUUUCUGUCUCUCUCGUCGCUUCGCCACCAUUGCUUCGGCUCUCUCUCCCUCUCUCUGUCUCUCUCUGGACAAAACAGCGUGUAAAUCUUCGGUGGACAAGCUUUGUACAACUCCAUAAACCCUUUUUCAUUCCAGCUCUCUCUCUCUCUCUAUACACACAGCAACACAGCUUUUCUCUAGAAACCAGCAUUUUCUGGCCAGUUUUCUGGUCGGUAAAUCAGAGCAAUUGGGUCGUUUGGUCCACAAGAAGAUUGAGGGGGGAACGGAAAGGAAUUUGGUGUCUUUCGUUUAUCCGAUACAUUUUAGCCAAAAAAGGCAAAAAAGUUAAGAUGGUUUUGAUGAUAUAUUGUAGUGAAGCCUAGGCGCUAGUCUAGUGGCGUGCUUCUUCUUGUUCCUUCGUUAAUGGGCUGUUUUCAUUCUACGGCGAGCAAGCAGUUUCCUGGACAUGAGGACCCCGUAAUUCUGGCUUCACAGACUGCUUUUAGUGUAAGUGAAGUUGAAGCAUUAUUCGAGCUGUAUAAGAGCAUUAGCAGUUCUGUGAUUGACGAUGGACUAAUAAACAAGGAAGAGUUUCAAUUGGCUUUGUUCAAGAAUAGAAAGAAGGAGAAUCUUUUUGCAAACAGGAUCUUUGAGCUAUUUGAUGUUAAGAAGAAGGGAGUCAUUGAUUUUGGUGAUUUUGUUAAAUCACUCAGCGUCUUCCACCCAAAUGCCCCACAUGAAGACAAAAUUGACUUUUCAUUUAAACUCUAUGAUUUGGAUGGAACGGGAUUUAUUGAGCGGCAAGAGGUGAAGCAAAUGUUAAUUGCACUACUAUGUGAGUCUGGGAUGAAGCUGGCUGAUGAGACCGUCGAGAUAAUACUUGAUAAGACAUUUUUGGAAGCAGAUGUAAAUCAGGACGGAAAGAUAGAUAAAUCUGAGUGGCAGAAUUUCGUGAGACAAAACCCUUCGCUGUUGAAGAUAAUGACACUUCCAUACCUAAGGGAUAUAACCACAACGUUCCCAAGUUUUGUAUUUCAUUCCGAGGUUGAUGAGAUUGUUACUUGACAAAUAUAUAGACAUAGCUUAGUCAUUUCACUUGCUUAGUUUGAAAGGCGUGUUUGUGUGAUUGUUUUGUUGAUUAAUUAACAAAAUGUUGAGUAGCAGCUCUCACAUAGUUGUAGAGUGUUUCUGAAUUGGGCUAUUUCCUACCUUGUUUUGGCCUGUCAAUAGCGUUAUUAUUCAUUUAAUGCAAGACAAUUCAUUUUUUGAGAUGAGAUUAAAAAAAAAAAAAACAAUUGAACCGAGGAUGUGGUGCAAUUUCUCUUACAAUAUGUUUGGAUCUUA